CCGCCCACGACAUCCGAACGGUCAUCGGAGAGCUGAAGACUCAAGACUCCUGAGCGCAUCCUUUAGCAGUCUAUUCAAAAUGUGGACAUUUAGGAGACACACAUUAGAAAAAGUGGUUUAAAACUGAUGUCCAAAAAUGCACACUCGAAUUAGUUCUUUAAAAAUGGGAUUUUAUAUAACAUUAAGCAGGAUCACCAACUGCUUCAACCAAAGAGCAACUUGAACAGGAUUUCUGGCUGAAUCUGUUACCAUAAAUCUGUUGGACUGCUAAAUAUUGUUGUUUCACAGCACUGGAUGCCUAGAAUAGGCAAAGAAAAAAAUGGCGAAGAUUUGCACAGAGCAAUCGUUCCCAUCCGGACACAAGCUCUCGGCCCGAGCCUCUAAAGAUGACCUGGAUCAGACUGAAAAUGGCAUAAGCAGGGCACAUUCUCUAUGUGAGGACACCUCCUCUGAUAUGCAGGGGAUCAUUUCUACUGGAACCAGCCAGCUACAGGAGUCCAGGAGAAGCUCUUUCACAGGUGCUGGGGCUAUGGCAAGGCUAACCCAAUUUCUGGUAAUGCUGAGGAACUGGGCUUCACACAGGCUUCACAGAGAGGUUGAGCGUCCCGACUCCUUCUUGGAGCGAUUCCGUGGACCUGACCUCAAAGACUUAUCUAGCCGAGGAAGUAAUGCCCGAUCCUCUAUAGGCCUUCCCGACAAGCCUCAUAAGAGGAAGAAAGACGUGUGGAUCAUGGACCCAGCCUCAGACAAGUAUUACAGAUGGCUUUCAGUCAUUGCAGGCCCAGUGUUUUACAACCUGAUGAUGCUGGUGACAAGGGCCUGUUUUAAUGAGCUUCAGAACUCUUUCACAAUGCUUUGGAUCAUCCUGGACUAUACGGCAGAUGUAAUCUACUACAUAGACACAUUUGUCAGAGCAAGAACAGGGUUCCUGGAACAGGGUCUUCUUGUCAAAGACGGCAAGAAGUUGAUGGAUCAUUACAAGACAAUCCCACAGUUUAAAUACGACAUCAUCUCAAUGAUCCCGACAGAUUUGUUAAUGCUGAAAGUGGGAUUCAACAAUCCUGAACUUCGCUUCAACCGCCUCUUCAAAAUGGCACGUCUCUUCGAGUUCUUUGACCGCACAGAAACACGAACAAACUUUCCAAACAUUUUCCGUAUUAGCAACCUCGUACUUUACAUCCUGAUUAUUAUUCACUGGAACGCUUGCAUUUUCUUUGCCAUUUCAAAAACGAUUGGUUUUGGAACUGACACAUGGGUAUAUCCUAACAUCAGUCACCCUGAAUACGGGCGCUUGGCCAGAAAAUACAUCUACUGUCUGUACUGGUCCACUCUCACUCUCACCACCAUUGGAGAAACGCCACCUCCCGUUAGAGAUAUUGAAUACUUGUUUGUCGUUAUGGACUUCCUCAUUGGAGUGUUGAUUUUCGCUACCAUCGUCGGUAACGUCGGCGCCAUGAUCUCCAACAUGAACGCUUCUCGUGCUGAAUUUCAGGCUAAGAUCGACUCCAUCAAGCAGUACAUGCAGUUCCGUAAGGUCAGCAAGGACCUGGAGGCCAGGGUCAUCAAAUGGUUUGACUACCUUUGGACGGAGAAGAAAACGUGUGAUGAGAAGGAAGUCUUAAAGAAUCUCCCAGACAAGCUCAAAGCUGAGAUAGCCAUCAAUGUCCAUUUAGACACGCUAAAGAAGGUGCGAAUCUUCCAGGAUUGUGAAGCGGGACUUCUUAUAGAGUUGGUGUUGAAGCUGCAACCUCAGGUGUUCAGUCCUGGAGAUUACAUAUGUAAGAAGGGCGACAUCGGCCGAGAAAUGUACAUCAUCAAAGAAGGAAAGCUUGCCGUAGUGGCCGAUGAUGGGGUCACGCAGUUUGUGGUGCUCAGUGACGGCGCUUACUUUGGAGAAAUCAGUAUCCUUGGAAUCAAAGGCAGUAAAGCCGGUAACAGAAGAACGGCAAACAUCCGUAGUGUCGGAUAUUCUGACCUCUUCGCCCUGUCUAAAGAUGAUCUCGUGGAAGCGCUUACAGAGUACCCAGAUGCCAAAAAAGCCCUGGAGGAGAAAGGAAAGGCUAUUUUAAGAAAAGACAACCUUCUUGAUGAGGCGGUGGCAAGCGCAGGUGCAGAUCCCAAAGAUCUGGACGAGAAGAUUCACCGCCUAGAGGGCAACCUUGAAAUCAUGACUGGCAAAUUUGCCAAGCUCAUGGCAGAGUACACGUCCUACCAGGGAAAGAUCAAACAGAGGAUAACCAACAUGGAGAGCAAAGUGAAAACACUACGAGUCGAAGAUCUCUCUGAGGUUGUUGAGGACAAAAAAGAAGAAGAGAAGAAGACAAAAUAGUCAACAGCAUAGACAUUGGGGUUAAAGGGGUUUCCUUUCUAUGUACAUAUUCCUUAACAUAG